GUUGCAUUCGGCGAUCCUGAUUUGAAUGACGACCAGAUCAGAGCUGCAGCUUUGGAAGGCUUUGACAUUUAUGAGGAGGACGAUGUAAAGGAGGAUGACGAGGAAGUUGAACAGAAAGAGCUGAUUGGAGAUGCCGAGCUCUUGACACUUACUCAACGCGAUUCACUGUACAAGUUGGAUGAAGCCGGCAAAUAUGCCGUAUUGAAGAUCAAGCGGGUAAGUCUGAGCUUCAGCGGAGUGUCGAAGAUGAGAUUCUUGGCUGUUCUGCACUUCUGUGCAUAUGUCAUGCGAAGACGAGCUUUUAGCUUCGGCUUCGGCAGUUCUGACCCGGUGAGGAUGGCUAAGACGGAAAAGUACAGGACGCUUUUCGGCUCAACAACGCCGAAGGUGAAGGACUAUUUCUUGGUCGACUCGAAGGAUCCGUCGUCCGUGAUGCAGAUUGACCUUUGUGGCGGUGUUUUCGGUCUCCCUGAGUUUGCCAAAGCACCGCCCGUGCAUACUUUUGCUUCCAUUUUGGAAGCCGAGCUCAAGGAGGUCACCCUGAACGUGGACGUCGUCCCUAUAAUCAACGAGGCACUGGAGAGGCGUAUGUACCACUUCACGAUGUCUGAGCGCAAAAUCAGUUCGCUGUCAUUGGCAGACUCCUACAAGAUCGUGCGGUUUGUGGGCCACGGAAUCCUGAAUCGUGCCAAGGAGGGAGCAAAGCGUGCAGCGAAGUCCGCGGCUUUGGCGGCUGGAUUCCAGAAUCCUGUUGAGAUAGACGACUUGGACCCAGACGGUAAGAUCAUCCAAGAGCUUUGUGGCAGGAAGCAGACGGUGCGUGAUCUCUUUGAGAAGUUCUCAAACAUGGAAGCCAAGCUUUCAGAGCACUUCAAGAGAGAAGUUGUCGUCGGCCUAUGUCACAACGAUCUGCACGGUGGAAACCUUCUCGUGGACUCACAGGGCCUGGUGUGGCUGAUCGACUUUGCCACAGUGGAAGCAGGCAAGCACGUGCUGAUGGACUUAUCAAAGUUCCUUUCAGCAUGUGCCUUUAUGUACUUGCAAGACUCCGUCAACGAAGAGCAUGUCCAAUCCAUUGCCAAGAUCCUGUGCAUGACACCCGAUGCCACAACAGAUUUGCCCGUGGCUCUGAUGGAUGCGGUGAGGGAAGACCCUGUAGCAAAGCUGUUCUUUCAAAUACUCGUGAGAAUUCGUCACUCCAUGUGCUUGUUCGAAAGCGGUCCUGGCUCGCCGAGAAACGACGGCACCCCGUUUGCUAUAGCUCUCUUCGCAUGGUCAGCUCGCAUGCAGAGCUACAGCGAGCCGUCCUUGCACCAGAAGACACGGGCGUUGUAUUUUGCGAUCGCUGGUGUCCAGCGCCUCCUUCGGCAGAUGGGCGAAGACAUUGGACCAACGGCUUCAUCGUGGGUCCAGGCAGCACUGGACAUGUGGGAAGGACAGAAAGGUCGCCGAUUGAGUACAUCUGUGGCGACGGAAAGGAUUGCUGUUCCAGCUUAUGAGUUUGAGCUCGAGUUUCAGACGUACUGCGCGCAGGCCGGUGCAUCGGAGGCAUGGACCACGGAUAUUUUGACGCGUGAGAAAGUCAAUGUCAUGGAGAGCUGCACGGAGCUGUCAAUCAAAUUCUUUGGUUCGCUGAAAACUCGAUUGGUGCUUCUUCCCGACAAGGCCAAGAUUCUGUGGAAGAAGCUCACGAAGGUGUACAAGACAUUUGCGGCAGAUUUGCUGCACCUGGAGCGUUUCUGCGGUCGGACCGUCGUUAUCGGUGAUGGCGGAACGGGCAAAUCUGUCUUGACGAAGCAGCUCCUAGCUGAAAUAGCCCAGAUGGAAGUUGCAUACAUUCACCAAUUUUCUGCUGAGCGCAAGAAGGCGGCGGACGGAGACAAUGGCAAAGACAAGCCUCGCGAGGUGUUGGUGCCUCUCCGGGUGCCAUUGGUGGACAUCAUGCGACAGAUGGAGGAGGACCCAACGUUGCUGAUGGAGCCCGACGCGCUCAGUGACCCGCUCGCCACUUGGAUGGCGCGGAAGUACGGAGGAGAUUCGUCUCUAGCACAACUCAUCGUGCAGGUUCGUCAAUCCCAAGAAACUGACGACGAAGAGGAGCCAAGCGACGAGGGAGCAGAUGUUCUGGGCUUGUUUGUGCUUCUGGAUGGAUUGGACGAGGCUGCAGCGUAUCGCACAACAAUUCUUUCGUAUUUGGCACAACUGUUGGCUGUGGAGCCUUGCCAUUUUCCCUUGCUGACUUCUCGGCCGGGCAUCGUGGGUUUCGCCGAACAAGAAUCUCUCGCCAGCAUGGGCUUCGUUGCGUGUCUCAUGUCUCCUUUGUCGCAGAAAGCUUCGCGGGAGCUGGCCGCAUCCAUCCUGAAGCGAAGUCGCGAAUCGGAAGCUAGAGUGCAGAAGAUGGUCGACACUGUUGGCGACCCGGUCUAUGCGGGGCUGACCGGCAAUCCGUUAUGCCUAACUUUGCUCGUGCACGUUCUACGGAAGACGGAGGAGACGGACAAAGCGGCGAAGGUUUUGACCAAGACAAUCAUGUAUCAGCAGGCGUUAAAGUUAAUGCUGCAUGUUGCUGAUGCAGCGAAGUUCAUGUCGCGGGAUGGCCAAGCAGACAUGGAAACGAUUCGCCAGCUCGAGGCCCUGAAGGGCCCAAAGGCGCGACAGCUUUUCCAAGCAAUCGCAUGGCAGGAGACCUGCAAGCGGCAGCGCAGCUUUACGCUGGCCGAAGCCGAAGCUAUCAGCUCCGACAAGGACACCUUCGAAGCUUUCCGUUCCAGCAUCGUUUCAGGACGCUUGCCCGCGUUCACUGUUACGGAAGGUGUUGCCGGCAAGGAGAUUCAGCUGGCGCAUCUUUCAUUCCAGGAGCUUCUCGCGGCUGAGUUUGCAACCGCCGUUCUACAGCAUUCGCACAAGACAUACCGCGUAGCCCCCUACUGGAACUUUCUGAGCUCCUCAUCGGUGUCUUGCCAGAGCCGGGAUCGUUUGGCAGAGCAGUGGUGGCUUGCAGUGUGGAUCAACGUUGCAGAGAUGCUUGGCGAGGAUUGCUUUCAGACAUGGUGCAAGGAAAUUGGAAGCGACGAGCGCGCGCAGCUCAAGCCUGGCAGGCUGUGUUAUCAUCCGAACAAAAUUUAUUGGCGCGGGGAUGAUGCGCAUCCACCACCAGGGAUUCCACAUCAGGUCAAAUCAUAUCGGGUGACGUGGAUUGAUACACGGGCGAAGCUUGUGAAGAUGGAGGAGACAAAGUACAAAAAGACCAGGAGUCAGAUUGCUGUUGACAGGAACGCGGAAUGUUCCACAAUGCUUUGCGAGUUGAUGCCCCUCGAGGCAGCGCACUGGAUUUGCGAAGGUGUCGGAACCCUGGCUUGCUUCGCUGCGACCCACAAGCAUUGGAGCCUGCUGAAGGAGUUGCUAGCAGCAGGAAUGCAUCAUUGCGUUUGCGCAGCCAGCUGUGAGAGCGUGCAAACACUUUGUCUGCAGAACCCAGACUGGACCGGUGUCCACCUCUUGGACGACAUCAAGGCGGACAUAAAUUUCCCACAUCCAGACUGCAUGACUUCUCCGGUCCUUCGCAUGGCAGUGCGUUACGAGCAUGAGGAGGCAGCUCGUGUGCAGACCCCUUCCCCUGCUGCCAGACAGUUGGCAGACAACAAGGCUGAUUUUGCUCCGAGUUUGCAGAAGGCUUGUGCAGGCAGCCUUGAGUUCGGGCCGGAGCUGGACUUGGAGUUGAUACACCCGGAGACCGGCAUCACGCUACUAAUGUGUGCAGCAGCAGGUGGUUGCCCCGAUCUGGUUGCGGCUUUGCUAAAAUGCAGGGCGAAUGUUAAGUCUCGCUCCUCGGAGAACUGCACAGCCCUUCAUUUCGCGCUGGACUGUGCCUGGGGGGAGCCAGGGAAUGCUUGUGUGCGACUCCUUCUGGAGGCCCGAGCAGACCCAAAUGCUAAGUGUGGCGUGUCGACAACCUCACGGAACUGUGGCAUAGGCACUGGUUUUAUGACAGGAUGCAUGCCAGCUAUGGCCAGCGACAUGACAAAGCUAGAGCUCCUCAUUGAACAUGGGUAUGAUGCGACUAUGACGAGUGACUAUGGGCUGUCAUUGCUCUUCUGGGCCUGCCUUGCGAGCUCCAAGAAUCCGAGUUGCGCCGGCAUGAUGCAGCGGCUUUUGGAUUUAAAGUGCUCGUUCAUGGAGAGACUUGAGCCUUCAGCCAAUACUCGUGCAAGCAACCAGGAGCCUUUUGGCAUCGGCUUAAAUGGUCGCGUUUAUCGGACCAGGCCGACCACACUGGCUGCAUAUCUGGCGAGCGGCAGGUUCCAUCUGAACGACACGGUUAUGAAAAGUCUCUUAGACCAUUAUGAUGUGAACACUCGGGAGAUGAUCUUGAGAAUAGAGAACGGAGUGCCCUUUACAGUUUAUCAGAUUCCUGCGUGGAACGCCGUGCAGCAGAGCCCCGGAUUGUAUGUGGAUGAUACCAGGUGGGUGGAGGACGCGUUUGCGAGAGGCCUGGAUCUCAAUAUGAGCUGGAUUGUCGUCGACGCAAACUGCCUGUUGAAACUUCUGUUACCCGUUGAUCAAGUGGCUUUCUUGCACGAAAUGGUCAUGAUUGGUCAAGACUUCCCAACGCCGGGCAUCUACUUUAGUGUCUUCAACCAUGUUCUGAAAGACCUGCCCGACAACGAGAAGGAUUGGACGGUGUUGGAGAAAUAUUUCAAGAAACAAGUUCUCAACAUGGGUUGCAAGACACUUCGAGAUGCGUGGUCUGACUGGUUGACAGCACGGAGAGCCAAAGCGCGAUUGGCGGACGGGGAAUGA